AUGAGAUCAGAUUUAUUCUUUUCAAGAGGAGUCAUGAUAUUUUAUUCAAGUUAUUAUAUCAAAGCCAUUUAAAAUUGGAAAAAAUCUUAUGAAUUAAAGUAAUUAAGGGAAGAUUAUGAAAAUGAAGAUCCUUCUCUUAAUUCAUAAUCAUCAAAUCUAUUUGAUAGUUUAAUAUCUGAAUUAGAUGAUCUAGAAUUUAAGGAUCUUACUUACAUCGUGUAUGAAUAUUAAUAAAAUGGUGAUCAAUUUUAUUUCAUAUAAAGUAAUAAUGCUAACUUUGAAAAUAAAUUAAAUAAUCUAAGAUUUGGUUGA